AAACAAACCGCUGGGCAGACGCGCAGUGGCAACUUUGUUGUGAUUUUUAGUUUCCGAUUUCUUGUUUUUUCAUGCCUCUUUAACGGGAAAUUUCCCAAGAAAUGUCCGCCGCCCAGAGCCCUAACUCCUGCGUGGAAACGCCCAAGGCGCCCGAAUGGCUAUCGAAGCUGGAGAGCCGGCGCGAGCAGCUAAAGCGCUCCAAGCUGGGCCACGAGUCUGGAGCCGGCGCUCCUUGCUUGGAGUGCAAGGAUAAGUGUCCCGGCCUCGACCUGCACUUCUGGCGCAAGGUGUGUCGCAACUGCAAGUGCAGAAAGAACCAGCACGCGUGUCCAGAGGACGAUGACGCGGCCGGUUGGGCACAGUUCGAGAUUCUGGGCCAGAUAAGGGCCAAACCAGCUUACAUAAAAAUCAAGGCGUUGGCCAGCCAGCCAGUUCAAUUGGAGUGGGUGCCGCCGAAUGCCGCUCCCGACGUGGUCACUGACUACAUGGAGAUGCUUGGCACUGCCCAGAUACCAGUGGCUGGCAGCGAUGCAGCCAUUAAGCGGAAACAACAGCUGGAGUUGCAAGUGCCGCCGCAUGAUUUGGAUGCUGCUCUGUGCGAUGGACUGUCGGAAACGGAGGCCCGCCAGCUGCAGCAGUAUGUGCAGCGGCUAAGGGAGCAGUGCGUCGGACAGGGUGUAGUUGUGCGCCUGGGCAAUCGUCUCAAUCACGCUCAGGUGGAGCAUGUGACUCCAGUUGCUGCAAUAGCGCCCCAAGAAGCAGCCAAGUCCUGGCAUAUUUUGGGUAUACCUCCCGUUGCUGAUGCCACUCUAAACGAAUUGUUGGCCAAUCCCAAGGUGGCGCAAGCCUUAGCCAGUCCGGCCAGUGCUCAACCCAGGCUGCUGGUGGCCUUCUCCGAGCCUCUGUCGGACUCAACCGCUCAGUUUGAGGAGAAUGGCGGAGCUCUGCGGGCACAGACCAGAGAGAAGCUGCUGGGGAUCAGCAAACCGGCACUGCACAGCCUCGUAAGCCAUGGUGUGAUCUAUGAUAAGGUGCUGGGUGUGCUGCAGGAAAAGAACCUCAACAUCUCGCGGGAUCCCAAGCUGGGACCCAUCGCCGAGUUCCGCAAGGAGUAUGUCAACAAUCCGCUGUUCCAGGCAGAUAUCAAUACAAUCUGCCCAACGCCACUGCAGCAAGUUACGCCCAUGAAGUCCUCACCGGGCACGCCUUUUAACUCACCGCUGCCGCUGAAGAACCCCGUGCAUGCCAGAUUUGGGACCCAGAUGCGCCAGGAUACACCCAUACGGCGGGUUAAGUUCGGUGGCGUCUCCACCGUUGUCUACGAUUGCGGUCUGCCUGCCAACACUGACUACGAACGCGAUCCGGUCUUUGCACAGAUUGUCCAGGCAGAACCUCUCAAGCAGGCGCUGCAGGAGGCCCGAUCCGGGCGCGCUCCAUCUGCGGUGGUUAUUUCCAAUAUUCCAGCUGCGGUAGGGAGUCUCGCAGAACUCAAAGGCCUAGCUCCAUCCACCAAGGUUCAACUGCAGUCCGUGGGAGUGGACAGGAACAUGCUGCAAUCGGCCGUAUCCAAUGCUCCAUACUACGACCGGCUAUUCCGCUCGCUGCAGGACAAGGGCAUUGGUCACGACCAAUGCCAGUUGCUGCAGCCGCUGAAGCAAGUACACGACUGGCUUCUGGACGACAAUCAAUUGCUCGAAGAUAUCGACAAGGUCUUUGCUGAUAUGGCCAAUGGCAGUCGGGAUAUUUCCUACCCGAAACCCAUUCUCGGCGAGUUGUCUACGUCCCAGAGCAGUGACUCUGGCUUCCACUCGAAACCCUCGACGCCAGGCUAUGCCAGUGAAGAUUUCAGUGCCAAUCAGGGUAGAUUCGCCAGCAUUCCAGGCAUUGAAGAUAUGAACAUGUAUCCAGGUUGCUACGGCAUGCCGGAGCAGUUCCAGCAGCUACGUCUGCAGGGAGAGGAGGUCGCUGCGGGCAAAGAUCCCCAGCCCAUCAUCAUGUGUCGCGACUGUAACGAACCCAUUGCAUAUGGCGAGGUGGCCGUCAAAGCGGAUCGUGCUGGCAAGGAGAUUGCCUGGCAUCCGGGCUGCUUCAAGUGCCAGACAUGCCGUGAGCUGCUGGCCGACUUGGUUUACUUCUUCCACCAGGGUCAAGUUUACUGUGGACGCGAUUUGGCCAUCAAGCUAAAGAUUCCACGCUGCCGCGCCUGCGACGAGCUUAUCUUCACCAAGGAAUACACCGCCGCUGAGGGUGCUACCUUCCACAUCAAGCACUUCUGCUGCUAUCAGUGCGAUGAGCCGCUGGCCGGACAGCAGUACGUUCCCGACGAGAACUCCAAUAUGCCGCUGUGCCUGCAGUGCUACGAUCGCUUCUUUGCCGUCGCCUGCCAGCGCUGUCGCCUGGCUAUAGGGCCAGCAGAUCAAGGCGUGGCCUGGGGCGAGAUCCACUGGCAUGGCCAGUGCUUCGUGUGCGCAGGCGUCGAGUGCUCCAAGUCCCUGAUCGGUGGUAGAUUCUGCGUAAAGCAGGACAUGCCCUUCUGCAGUCCCACCUGCGUGCGCAGCGUGCUUUCAUAAGGGAACGAUUAAUCCCUGACUACAGUAUUUAUCCAGUAUAUAACUGCACAAAGGAUCAAAGACAGUAACGCACAAUUAAUGUAUUUAUGACGACAAUACACAAUAUUAGUAACCAGAACUAGUGAUCUACGAAUGCCACAGACUAAAGUGCCUAGAAUAUAGACUUGCAUUUAAAAGAAAGACCUUCUGCUAAUUUUACGUUAUCAAUCAAAUUUAUAUGGCAGUUUUUGCUUUAUCUACGAAUUCUUCUGAUGCUCCAUCUGGCUUUUUGAAAAUUUAAACAGAUCGCAAUAUUCAACCAUUCAAAUUUUGAUUUGGUUAUUAAAACGCAAAAGGUACAAAUAUUUACACAAUUCCAUACCGCUUUUGCCGUGCCAAUAGACCAAAUAGAUUAUAUAUAUAUAUAUACAUAUUUUAUAUACGAAGUAUACAAAUAUAUAAUUAGACAGCAAGUAUUAUACAUGUAUACAGGAAAGCCCCAUUUUAAACGUUUUUAAUAAAGAUUUUACUCGAACCCAAGAAAACAAGAGGGGUUUUUCGUAUUCUUUACGUA